AUUCCACUGGUUUUUCAUAAUGGUUUUUGUAGGAAACAUGUUAUCAUUUUACAGUGAUUCCAUCUGUUUAACUCAUCAACCAAUCAGACCGACGAAAAACAAAAGCAACCCCAGUUGUAAGGCACAACUUGAACUAGUCCAUUCCUGUCAGUGACUCUUCCUUUAUAUGCCUCCAUGGUAUGUGUUCUGUAAUCCAUACCUUGUGGUUGGAUUCCAAAGAUGGUCUAUUUUCAGAGAGAGUCCCUAGGAAAAUUCCCCUUUCAUUAGCAGUAUGGUAAAUCAAGUUUCAGUAAUCUGCAUCAAUGUAUGUGGCUUGUGUAUUUGGCCAGCCCCUUAUGUUUGUGUUAUGUGUGAAUGAAUGCAGGUGAUAGAGGAGCUAAUAGCACUGGGACAAAUUGCAUGCCCGAUGGUCAUAACAGGCCUGCUGUUGUACUCCAAGUCCAUCAUCUCUAUGUUGUUCUUGGGGCACCUGGGCGAUGUCGAAUUAGCCGGGGGCUCACUCUCCAUUGCUUUUGCAAACAUCACAGGGUACUCAGUCCUCAAGGGGCUCGCCAUGGGGAUGGAGCCAAUCUGUUGUCAAGCUUUUGGUGCAAAGAAAUGGGUGGUCCUCAGUCAGACUCAUAGCAGGACUGUAGGUCUCCUCUCCCUUGCAGUCAUUCCAAUCUGUGUGUCGUGGCUGAAUAUGGAGCCCAUCCUUUUGUGGUCAGGCCAGGAGCCAAGCAUUACAUCAGUGGCGAGGGUCUUUCUCACAUACUCCAUCCCUGAACUGUUAUCUCAAGUUCACCUAAAUCCAUUGAAAAUUUUCCUAAGGACCCAAGGUUUAACCAAACCCCUUACAAUGUCUGCAACUUGUGCCAUGAUUCUACACCUUCCAAUCAAUUACUUCCUGGUGGUGUAUCUGAACAUGGGGGUGAAAGGAGUCGCCCUCGCCUCGGGUUUUUACUCUGUAAAUGUAAAUCUUGGUUUGCUGCUCUACCUUCUUGUAUCAAAAACAGCAAUCAAACCAUGGAAUGGGGUGGCAUUCAUCACUUACUUUCAAGGAUGGCAACCACUUCUGUCUCUUGCAUUGCCUAGUGUGUGUUCUGUGUGCCUGGAAUGGUGGUGGUAUGAAGUAAUGCUGCUGCUGUGUGGCCUGCUCAGCAACCCAAAGGCAAGUGUGGCAGCUAUGGGAGUCCUCAUACAAACAACAGGGCUGCUCUAUGUCUUUCCCAACUCUUUGAGCAUGAGUCUGUCAAACCGCAUCGGUCAUGAGCUGGGGGCUGAUCAGCCUGCUCGGGCUAAGAGAGCAACCAUCGUCGGGCUCACCGUCGCAGUCAUCUGUGGACUUCUGGCCUGCAUUUUCACCACUGUAGUCAGAAAUGUAUGGGGGAAACUAUACUCGAGUGACCAACAAAUUCUGAACUUGACAUCAGUAGCUCUUCCCAUAGUAGGACUGUGUGAGCUGGGGAACAAUCUCCAGACAGCAUCCUAUGGGAUCUUAACAGGCUCUGCCCGGCCUAACAUGGGGGCAUAUAUUAACUUUGGCUCGUUCUACCUUGUCGGUCUGCCAGUAGCAGCUCUCCUCUGCUUCAGACUGGAGCUGGAAUUCGUGGGGCUGUGGUUGGGGCUUGCUGCAGCACAGGCCUCCUGUACGUGCAUGAUGGUAUACACCCUGCUUCGAACCGACUGGAGAGAACAAGCUAAGAGGGCCAAGGAACUGACUCAGGCCACAGAAGCAGGGAAGAAUGAUUUGGAAGAGAAUCUCCUUUGCUGAUUAACACACAACACCCAAAUAAUGUCCUUGAAUGUUAAGCAUUCUCAUAAUUCUGUGAUUUCUUUUUCAUCUUAUCUCUUUUUUGGUUGUCUUUGUAUGGUGAAACAUUUCUGUAACCAUCCUUAUCAAUGGAACAGUGCCAUUGGGGCCAAUCUGAUAAAGAUUGGGGAGGCCUUAAUGCGUACAAGCCUUGGAUUCAA